AUGACGAAUGUGCCAGUCUCUGCAGAAGAUCGGGCACUCAUUGAGAGCCUGGGCAAAAGUGUCAUUGGCAAGAAACUUCUGCGAGCCUCCGUGUUCUGUUCGCCUGUCGUAGCUGAAGUGCAGGCUAAAGGACCUCCGGCCUCGCAGGAGUCAACUGCAGCUGGAAUCGCCUGGAGGAUCCGAAUCUGCCAUCAGGAGAUUCCCUGGGCGAAGCUCCCUCGAAAGAGCCAGCACCGGAUCCUGCCUUUUCUGGUUGCGGCCAACUCUGUGAACUAUGGCAGGCCUAACAAGCUGAACACCGCGGAAGCCAUGGCAGCCGCACUAAUCAUCGUGGGCCUCCACGCGCAGGCUAAGCGCUUGCUGCGUGCCUUCAGCUGGGGCGAGGAAUUUCUCAGACUCAACCAAGAGGCCUUCGAGACCUACAGCCAAGCGAAGGAUGCAGCAGCCCUUCGUCGCGCAGAAGCUGCUUUGCUGGAGCGGUGGCGGAACGAGGCUGCUGAAAGGCGCGCGCAAGAUCCGGACCUGCCUCCCUCCGACUCCGAGGCCAGCGAGGCCUCAGUCCAGGAGCUGGACGCCGCGGGCAACUCCCUGCCUGCGAGAGCAGCCGGCAAGGCUACAAGUAGCCGGCCUGAGCCUGAACGCGGAAGCGGAAGAAGACCGGCAGAAACCUCAAGCCUGGGCCAGGCAUCAGAGGCGGAAUGCUCUGCCCCUGGUUCUGCCAUGUCUGUGCCUGUUCCUGACAGCGACGCUGACAAGGUGCCUGGGACUCACUGCGAGGAUCCGGAGGAGGUGACAAAGACGGCCAGCGAGGCUGCAUCAUCUCCUGGGACAAAAGAUGCGUCCGGAGCAGCGCCAGCAGCGACUUCCACAAGAGGUCCCGUGCCGUUUGAGAGGAGCCCUGCUCCGCCAAAGGCUGCUGGUGCCCAGGUUUCCGAGAAGCGGCUGCCAGCGGAUGCGGCCAGCCCAGCGGACCAGAAGGCAACGCUUCAAGCUUUGCAGUCUCUGGCCUCGGCCUCUUUUCUCCAGGACACCGGCUUGGCCGGCUUGAGUGGGAACAAACUGCAGAAGCUGAAGCGCAGUGAGUACGAGGCUAUCUGGAGAAGAUUCUGCACGGACCAGGCGCAGCUGCUGAGCGAUGAGGACAUUCAUCGGCUGAUGUCUGGCGCAGGUGGAAAGGGGGCACCUUCCAAAGCGAGCGUCAAGAAGUGA